AUCAUCGGGUAUUGCUCUCUUGGAACCUCCACAUCUCCUUCAAACCCCAAAAACUCCAUCCGUCUUUCAAUUAGCCAUAGAAUCUCGUGAUUGGCUGGAUUCCAAUGUCGAGAACACCUGGUGGAACACUUUAAACAGUUAUGAGCUGAAGCCUCGCUCAAAUUUUCCUCAGGCGUAUCUCUGCAAAAUUUAUAAUAACGAAAUUCUCAAUAACUCUAAAUCUACGAGAUUAAUGAUUGAAGUCACUGAGUACCAAGCAUGUAGGGAAAUUCUCUGGAUGUUCCACGUGCCCAUGGAGAUGACGAUAUUCCAAAAAAAGCCAGACAAUUCUUUUUGUGUGAAAGACAAUGUUUCAAUCAUGAGUUUAACUCCAGAAUCCUUUAAUUCUGCAUUCUCCACUUUCUGCAAAUACUUCGACAUGAUUAAUCGAAUGGAUCUGUUUGAAAAAAGUAUUUAUCAUAUUUAUGAAGAGGGAAGCCCUCCGCCUUUAACUCUCGAAGCGUACAAUUCGGCAGUUAAAGAGUAUUAUCGGGAUAUUAAAAAUAAGAUCAUUGAAAUCGAACGAAGAGUCAUGAAGCAAAAUGAUAUAAACACAUUUCUAACACUUUCGAAAGACCUUGAAGUUCAUGCAGAAAAAUUGAGGACUCUCGAUGAGAUUCACCGGUCUGUGGUACCUACGGAAAAAGAGGAUACGAAUUGGAAAAAGUCUUAUAAACUACUCUUAUCGAUUUACACGGAGAUGGAGAACUCGAGCAGUCGAAAACGCACAAAUCUGUGUGCAUCUCUAUAUCUGUCAUCAUUGAAAGUAUAUCUCAAUAUUAUUGAUACAUGGCUAAGUGAAGGACGUCUGGAGGACUUUAGACAUGAAUUUUUAAUAGCCAAAGUCAAAGGGGAGAACUUUGGAGUUGAGAAUAAUGAGGGAAAUGAGAAUUCUUCGUCCUCCUGGAGAAUUAAAUUCGUUAUCAUUGAGAGUGCAGAGUCUGAAACUCCAGAUCCAAUUAUGAAGAAAUUAUUCAGAAAGGUCAAGGAUAUGGGUAGGAGUAUAGAAUUGCUAGUGACGUUGGACAGAAUAUCUGAUAUGUGGAGAACUAAUACUAAACAAUUUGAAAGGAGAAUUCCGCUUUGUGAAGAAUUUACUAAGAGGGUCUUGGAAGAAUUGGAGAAAUUCGGAGGGGUAGAUGAGAUUGAUGAAGUUAAUAUCAUUAGUGAGAGUGAUUCUGAUGUUGAAGAGCCACCUGAACAACGAUUCUCAGAGUUGGAGGACAACAUCAGACAACAGGUGCUCAGAAUCAAUAACCCAUUUCUUAUGAAGGUCUUCCAAAAGUAUUUGCCUCCAAUUAGCGUUGAUACUAUUGAUAGUAAAGAGGAUGGAAAUACCGAAGAUUCUGAGAAAUCGUCUUGGGGAACGGGAGUGUUUCGAAGAUUAGAAAAAAUUUCUCCAUUCGUUUUACCUUUUAGAAAAGUUCUUGAAGGAGUUGUCGAUGAGAUCCUCGAUAGGAGGUACUCCUGUGCUACUAAAUUGGUAAAAGAUAUAUUGAUUAAUGAGUAUAAACUGGAGAACCACCUGAGAUUGAUGAGAUUCGUAUUUAUGAUGGAACGUGGUCAUGUGAUGAAGAGGUUUUAUCAAAAAAUGUUCAGUGAUAUUGAGGGGAAUGUUUCCGUGAGUAAUCCAGAGAGUUUAACGCAUUUGUUGGAGGAAGUGUUGUCGGAUGAAUGGAGAGAUUCUAAUUCUCACAAUCGAUGGUUUGUUUCAUUGCGAGAUACUUGCACUAGACAGGUUUUACAGAUGUCUCAAAGUUCCAAAAAGAAUUCCAUAAAAAUAAUUAAGGGACUUUACAAUAGUAGAACAAUGCCAGGUCAUUAUCUCUCGAAAAGAUUAGCGUUUGUGAGAUGGCAAAGUUAG